UCAUUACCGGAGAAUUAAACUUAAACGAACUAAGACAAGCUUACCAGCAAGAAACAAUUGAUAACACACGAACUAAUGAACAACAAGCCCAAAUUGUUCAACCAGCUUAUGGCACUCCUGGUUCCAGUAAAGGAGAAUUAAGUCACCAAGUAACUAAAAUAAAUGGUCAAGCAGCGAGCGAAAAUUAUCAAGGGGAAAUAUCAAUCACUCUGAGCCAAAAAUUUUUAUUAGAUAAAUUAGCUCAUGCUUAUCAAAACACCAUUCGAGUUAACAAUGGUGAAGAAGUAAAAAGCCAAUGUGCCAGCAGCGAAGAUAAAGAAAAUUAUCCGGAAUUAGUAGCCGAACAUACCCAACUAACCAAAGAAAUUAAACAAAUGAUCGAAAGCUCCUCCGAAUACCAAGAACUUAAAACUUGA